GGGAAUUCCCCAAAUGCGCGGGUGGAUGAUGUUGCAACAUUUGCGGAAGUUAAUGCGAUGCAGUUUUUCAAGAUGAACGUUUGAGUCCCUUUGUUUUAAAAUUUCUUCAAUUCACCAACCUUCUCCGAUAUCGCGUGGCGAGGGAACUACACAACAUUGUCAAUUCUGGCCGACUGAAUUACGGUAUCCGACGGACCGGGCAAGUACACGUCUGUAGGUCAGCCAACUUUUUUUCCCACAAUAUGGCAAGGAUCAUCAGAGCAGUGAUGGAGGAAGACUUCGAUGAACCGGUGGAUCCCCGGGACAUCCCCCGCGAGUUCGCCUUUCAGACGGUCCACGGCAGGGCCCUCUGCCGUGGCUGUCGAAAGUGCAAGAAAUCGUGGAGUACCUACCUGGCCUGGCUAACGCUGGACCUGCGCGGCCAGCGCAUCGCCAAGAGCUGGCAGCAGAAGUGCCAAAGCUGCCAGACGCCCAACCAGCUGUGGUUCCCGCCUGAGGAACUCGAGCGCAUGGUGGCAGUUGCAAUCGAAAGGAUGUGGAAAUUGCAAGAUGGCACUUACGUGUCUGGAAGGGGACAAAACCAAGACCGGCCCGCCCCUCAUCUUCAGUCAUUAUGCGAGAGGUGCGAGUACGGAAGGCGAAAGUGUUGGUUAGGCAGAGGAGGUGGCCAAUAAAACCACACCGAGUUCUUACAAAAUUGUUUGCAUGCUGUUUGGAAAGUCGUAUCCACCUUUUAAUAGUGGUGCAAUUUCCAGCUUUGUGUUUUUGAAGGCUCAUAAUAAUUAUGCAGCUUAAGACAUUUAUAGAAUUCGUUGAAACCUUGAAUUUGCAUUAGUUGAUCCAAAGAACCACAUACAGUUGAUUGUGUUUCAGUUAUAGACUGAAUAUCUGUUUUGUUUGAAUGUUCAUUUAGUUUUUAAUUUAAGGACUAUACCUUGAAUGAUAGUUGAAAUCUGAAAUCAUUUUAAAUCAAGCAAUGCAACUUUGUUAACUUAUAUUUCUUUAGGAAUCUGUAAAAUAACGAUUAUUUUGUUUCAAUUCGUAUGUAUAUUUGUUGUGACCUGCCAAAGUAAAAAAACUUGCAGGCGGUCAUAAAGAAGGCCAAAGUCCGCAUACAACCCGAAGUCUGGUGUAAAUGAUAGAUAUUUCUGAAAUAACGCAAGGAAGCAGAUCAUAAACAUUACCAUAAUUCUAAACAUAUUAACAUAAAACGGCAGUUCACAUCGGUAUGUGUAGCAUCUUUAAAAACAAAUCCCACACGAAACAAACACGCAAGCAUAUUGACUGACAAACAAUACAACUAUACAUGUGUACCAUCAAAAUACCGAAAGCAGGCAAACACAACACAAAGAUACACGGAAUGAUACUCAACUACAAAACAUGCACAAACUUAGAGAUAAAACAACCAGUCUUUUAGUUACAAUGAUGACAUCAGUGAGCUGAGAACUCAACGAAAAUAUGGAGGGUUUAUGUGGCAAUAGACAUUUUGCGCGAUGCACCCUCAAUAAGGACAGUUUUUGUUAUUUAAUUAAAUUCACUGACAGAGAAAGUACGAUGUGUCUAUACUACUCAUGGACAUCAGAGAGGAACAAAGGCCGUGUUCUCGGAUGUGGCUAUAGACCGUUAGAAACAUGUUCACGUUGAUCUUCCUCAGAGUUGAGUCAGUUGACCACUCCGUAUCGGCGUCGGGCUUGUCGAAGUUGGAUUUAAUUUCAAUGAAAUAUAAAUCUUUACAAUUAACAUGAAUGAUGCAACAUUUUCUUUAUACCUUUACCGGCGUGCUUUUUUGAAAAUGCUUGCUAAAUGGCGUACCACCGCUAAACUGCAUGUUGCACAUCAAGCGCUACAAAUGUUGAGACAAAAACACGCAUUAUACAGAUUACUUGAUAUUCAGUUUCUUGUAAUUUCUCUUGGCACAAUCAUUACUUGCAAAUUACCCAGUUUCUUACCAACCAAAUGUUGUUUUAUGGAAGCCGCAAACAGGAAUCAUAAGUAUAUAUGGAUCAGUUUCAUGGAAAGGAGUCACACAUUUAUAUAUUAUUUUGUACUAAAAGGGAUGCAAUAUCCUGCAUAUAUAUUUGUCUUUUUUGCCGCCGCCGCCAAUUCGGGAUUUUUGU